AUGUCACGACAACUGAUAUCCAGCGAAAAGUUCCCUCCUAAACCGCAUAAUUGUCCCGCGGUCAAAGUCCCCGGCCUGGUAUUCUGUGCAGGCCAAACAGCUACAGGAGAGAUCAGACAGGCAACAAGAACAGCGCUACAGAACUUAAAGGAAGUUCUUGAGCUGGCAGGAUCGUCCCUUGAGAGAGUCGUCAAGUACAAUGUGUACCUAGCCGACAUGAAAGAUUUCGCAGCAAUGAACGAGGCGUACAUCGGAUUUUUACCUCAGCCAAUGCCAUCACGAUCAUGUCUCCAAGCAGUCCCUCCUGGCGAUGGAACCGUCAUUGAGAUUGAGUGCAUUGCACAAGCAUGA